GAGAGACACACUUUUGCACAGCUUGUCCAUCUUGUUAUUCCCGUGCCAGCUACAGCGUGCAUGUCUGCCUAUCUGUUAUUGUGUGGCUUCGUCUCUGAAUGCACGUCUCACUUUGAUUUCCAGCAUCUGCCUCUCAUCUAGCAACUCAUUUAGCCCGAGAGCACCAAGAGGACCCAGCAGCCAACCUUCAUUCUGGAGGGAAAGGCCCCAGUCGAGUCCAGCAGGGGGGAUGGAGGUGGUGGCGGGGAGGCUGGUUCCCUCAGCCCCAGCCCAGCUGCUCUACCUCUGACCCAGGCAGAGAGCCUUGGACCCUGGCAGAGCGAGAGCCUGCUGGCAGAGUCCUGGUCCACGAUGGGUGACGUGGACCCCGAGGACACUAAGAGCCUCGACAGCAACGACGGGGGGGUUCUGGCCGGAGAGGAGAACCACUCCUCCAACUCUGACAUGGUCCACCUGGAACGAGAGGAAGCUGAGAUGCUCGAGGAGGCAGAGAGGGAAGUAGCUGAGUCGGGAGAGGAGGAGGAGAGGAGAAGGAGAACAGAAGAGGAAGAGGAGGAGGAUGAGGAGCUGCAGACAAGUGUUUUGAGCGUGUUGGGUGGGGAGAGGGAGCUGGUUGAGCUCAGGGAGGAGGAACAGGACCUCCAGGCCCCAGAAACUGAGGAUUUCCUGAUGUCAGCAGAGGAGCCUCACAUGGAGAAGGCGCCUGCAGAGUUCAUGCAGGUGGUUCCCCCGAUGGCCCUGCCUCCUCUGCCUAUCGUCAGGCUCGAUCCCCCCUCCGCUACGUCCACCCCAGUCCCUUCAGUAACAACCUCUGAAGUAGAGGAGCUAUAUUCUAUUCAGGGGCUCCACCCUCCAUCAAUCCUCGCACCGAUGGAAGCGGAGCCUCCGGUUGAGAGUCAAACUCUCGAGCAACUAAAAUUCUCACAGAUUCCCCUCUCGGAUGCGGAGGAACAUUCUGUCAAAGCCUCUCAGGCAGCACCAGAGAAGCCGGAGCCACAGCCCACUGAUCCCAAGACUACCAAACCUAAGAGCUCCACUGAGCUGCCAGUGUUGCUAUGCGGAGGCGCUGCUUUAGUAGCCGUUGUAGGUGUUGUGGCAUAUGGUGCUGUGGCCUACUGCAGAAAGUAGAAAACCUCUCUUUAAACCCCCAAUCACCCUUUUAACACAGGUCUUUUUGGUUUUUAAAUCUAUUCCAAAUGAAAUAUUCCACAUUUCUCUCGAAUUCUGGAUUUUUCUGUCUCACACUCUUUGUGUUGUAGUUAUAAGACACAUUGAUUAGAUAUUUCUGAUUUGUUUUGUGCUACCUCAGCUCACAGCAGAGCUCAUGGCCUUUGUUUUUCUGUAUUCAAUAGAUCUGUCUGAAGAAAUGCAGCCAAUAAAAUGUAAACAAGGAAUAUAAAAACGUGUAUGGUACAAUUUUAAAGAAUCCUGAAGC